AAACAGAGGAAGAGAGAGAGAGAGAGUGAGGGUGGGCUAGGACAGGAGCGAGAGGGGCAGAGAGACGAAAAGACACAGAACUUGUGACUUGACAAAAGAGGGCAGGUACCAGAGGCAGUGUCUGACGAACAUAAAAGGAACACAGUGCUUGAUCAAGGCUGAGCCAACUGAGGAUCAGGACAAAGAAGCAGUGAUGACAGUUUCCAGUUAGGCAGGAGAGCAGACUGCCUGCAGGAGCCUGGUGUUGCUGAGUUGUGUUUUCUAUACUCUCAAGACGAUGAAGGCCGGCACAGGACUCUUCUCUGCAUUGGCUCUGUUCUUCCUGAUGGGGGCAGUGGUCACCCAGAGACUUCGGCCAAAGAAGCCCACCAGGCGCCCAACCACCGCCAGGAAGCCUUCUGUCCCCAAGCCUGCUGUACAGGCACAGCCAGAGCCCCAGGAGCCCACAGACUUCCCCCCGCCCAUCCUGGGCCCGCCCUCCAUCUUUCCUGACUGCCCCCGAGAGUGUUUAUGCUCCCCUAACUAUCCGAAUUCUCUCAACUGUGAGAACCGGAACAUCCGUGUGAUCCCUGUCAUCCCAUCCAGAACCCACUACUUGUACAUUCAGAACAACUACAUCUCAGAGGUGAUGGCAGAGCCGUUUGUCAAUGCCACUGAGCUCCGCUGGGUCAACUUCGCAAACAAUCGCAUUCAUCGAAUAGACAAACAGGUAUUUGAGAAGAUCCCAGCACUGCUCUAUCUCUAUGUGCACCGUAACCAGCUAAAAGAGGUCCCUUCAGGACUCCCAGCAAGCCUAGAACAGCUCCGCCUCGGUAGGAAUCGUAUUUCCAAGAUCCCCUCUGGUGCCUUCAGAAAGAUGGGGAACCUGACUCUGCUUGACCUGUACCACAACCAGCUGAGUGACAGUGACCUGGGAAAGAACACAUUCAAGGACCUGAAGAGCCUUGUGCAGCUCAAUCUGGCUCACAAUGUCCUGAAGAAGAUGCCUGAUGGCGUACCUAGUGGCCUCAUCCAGCUUUUCUUGGACAAAAACCGCAUAGAUGACAUCCCAAAAGACUACUUCAAAGACUUCACUCACCUGGCGUUUGUGAGGCUGAGCUACAACCAGCUGAGUGAUAAAGGAGUUCCCAAGGCUGUGUUCAACGUUUCUUCCCUGCUGGAGCUGCAACUUGCCCACAACCAGCUUGCUUCUGUUCCUCUCUUCAACGGUCACCUGGAGCACCUGCAUCUCAAUCACAACAGUAUCGAGAGCAUCAAUGGCACCCUGAUCUGCCCUUACAGCCUGGAGGCCGACCUGAGCGAUCACAGCCUGGCGCCCAGACUAAGGUACCUGCGUUUGGAUGGAAAUCACCUGAACCCCCCCAUUCCUCUGGAUGUCAUCAUGUGCUUCAGAAACCUCCACUCUAUUGUCAUUUAGGGGAAACGCAUAACACAUAAAUCACACACACGCACAUAUGGUAUACACACACAAACACACACAGCAUCACUGUGCACAAUCUGAAUUCAAGGAAAAACAUGCUCAAUGAAGCACAAGGUAUAUCCACCCGUACAUACUGUGGAAAAUGUGUUAUUGAAAGAGGGGCUCCAGAUAUAUGAAAAAACUGUAAAGCUUUGAUAGUUCAAGCUUUGAAACGUUGCUGCCAGAUUCAGAACAGUGAAUUUUGCAUCUAGGAAAAGUUGAUAUGCCAACAUUUAGGGUUAGGUUUUUGUAGGACUUAUAGUUUAUACAUCUUUUUUUUUUUUUUUUUUUAAAUAAAAAACUAGAUUGACUAAAGCCUGAAAAUACAGGUACAUU